AUGUUCUUCCUUCGGGUCUGCAACGCCACACGCUACAACACUGUUCUGUUUAACAUGAGUGACGCGGAGGACAGCAAUGUUCGUUCUCGUCCGAACCCUGAAGUCGUAGAUCCUUCUAUUGGCGCUGCUAUACAGGCUGCCGUUACUCGUUCUAUAGGUUCUUUAACCGACAACCUUACACAGGUCAUUGAAUCUCGGCUUACUGAUUUUGCCAAGCGUUUUUCAGAGGAAAACAGUUCGUCCGUUGAGCAAGCUGUUAAGAAGGCGCGUCGCGAGCAAUACACGUGCAAGAGAAAGGGUAACCAGCAGCAGUUAGACCAUUCCCUCCGGUGCUGGACAAGCUAG